CUCGUUCCCCUGGGCGUGAGCGGUGACGGCCGUCGCGAUGCGCAUGCGUCCUGGUUCGGGUUUGAGCGGAAUGUUUAUGGGGGAACAGUCGGUCGGAGAAGCCCCAAUGGAGCGGCGGCGCAUGCGCAGUUGAUCCGCCCGCGGCCCCAGGUGGCAGAGGGGAAGAUGGCGGCGGUCGUACAGAAUGUGGUGAAGCUUCUUGGUGAGCAGUAUUAUAAGGAUGCCAUGGAGCAAUGUCACAAUUACAACGCCCGACUAUGUGCAGAGAGGAGUGUUCGUUUGCCGUUCUUGGACUCGCAGACUGGAGUCGCCCAGAGCAAUUGCUACAUCUGGAUGGAGAAGCGACACAGAGGACCAGGUUUGGCAUCUGGCCAGCUUUACUCCUACCCGGCUCGGCGCUGGAGGAAAAAACGUCGCGCUCACCCUCCCGAGGAUCCGAGGCUUUCGUUCCCUUCCAUUAAGCCAGACACGGAGCAGACGCUGAAGAAAGAGGGCUUGAUCUCUCAGGAUGGCAGCAGCUUGGAGGCUCUUUUGAGGACCGAUCCUCUCGAGAAACGCAGCCUGCCCGAUCCCCGCACCGAUGAGGACAGCCUAGGCGAAUUUCCCAUUGCCAACAGCCGCACACGGAAGCGAAUCUUGGAACCCGACGAUUUCCUGGAUGACCUGGAUGAUGAAGACUAUGAAGAAGACACACCAAAACGCCGAGGGAAAGGCAAAGCUAAGGGUAAAGGAGUUGGGAGCACCCGGAAAAAACUGGAUGCCGCCAUUUUGGAAGACAGAGACAAACCUUAUGCCUGUGACAAUAGUUACAAACAAAAGCAUACCUCGAAACCUCCUGACCGAGUCUGUGGAAAGCGCUACAAGAACCGCCCUGGUCUGAGUUACCACUACGCACACUCCCAUCUGGCCGAGGAAGAGGGAGAGGACAAGGAAGAUUCACAGCCCCCCACCCCUGUUUCUCAGAGAUCCGAGGAGCAAAAAUCUAAGAAAGGCCCCGACGGUCUGGCUUUGCCCAAUAAUUACUGCGACUUCUGUCUGGGAGACUCCAAAAUCAAUAAGAAGACGGGGCAGCCGGAAGAGUUGGUGUCAUGUUCUGACUGUGGGCGGUCAGGGCAUCCUUCUUGCCUGCAGUUCACACCCGUCAUGAUGGCCGCCGUGAAAACGUACCGCUGGCAGUGCAUUGAGUGCAAGUGUUGUAACAUCUGUGGGACCUCUGAGAAUGACGACCAGCUGCUUUUUUGUGAUGACUGCGACCGCGGCUAUCAUAUGUACUGCCUCACCCCACCCAUGUCAGAACCUCCUGAAGGGAGCUGGAGCUGCCACUUGUGUCUGGACCUGCUGAAAAGCCUCGCCUCGAUCUAUCAGAACCAGAACUCCUCCUGAUGGGCUUUGUGGGCUGAAGAACCAAGGGAGAAGAACGAGGCGCCUUCAGUUGUCUGCUAUGUUACAGGGCUCUGUUUCUGGUU